CUCGUCAGUCUGUCUCAGUUGCGUAUAGUUUUCCUUUCUAUCUUUCCGCCCACUUUUUCCAGUCACAGUAGACCGCUGAGGGUUUUCUGCGACAUGAUUGGUUGUUUGUAUCCGCUGGCUGAGCACGUGUGUGUGUGUGUGUGUGUGUGUGUGUGUGUGUGUGUGUGUGGAGGGCUUCAUAAUAAAACUACCGCCCUGACUGUCGGCUUUAAACCGCUCUGAAUCCAGACGCACAGCAGCCCGCUGGUGUUUAAUUUCCCUGUUCCAGCAUGACCUCAGACAUGACCACAGACUUGGAGCUGGAGUUGGGCGAGCUGCUGCAGGAGUUCCAGGAUGUGGUGGAGGAGCUGAAGGCCCCUUCUCAAAGCAAACCUCAUGCUUACCACCACGUCCUGCAGGAGGCUAAAAGUCGCACGCGGCUCGGGGACGACAGCGGAGUCGAGGACUCGGAUUACAGCAGCGAAGCUUCUUUGGGAAACAGUUUGAACACCAGCGAGGAAGAGCUUCACACAGCAGGCAUAACACAGGCACCGAAAGCCAAGCUGGGAGACACAAGGGAACUUGAGAGUUUUAUCGACAUGUUGGACCAGGAACUUGAAGGUGCGUGUUUAAGAGAAUUACACCCCCCCUCCUACUCAGUCUUUUCUUUAUUCCUUUAGCACUUAAGCUGACAAGCCACUAGGCAGUCGUUUGUAAUGGUUGCAGAGACCCAGAUGGAGUGCAUGUGUUGUUACACAUUGAAAAACAGAGUCCCUAGUAGUAGCCAGCUUGUUUCUACCCUGUACUUCCCCCCCCCCAUUCAUCUCUGAGCACCUCUUGUGUGUAAAUGCCAUGUCUGGGGACUCAGGUGGACUAUCUACACGACCUUUUGUGAUAAUAGCAUACUUGACUGCAUGAGCACCGUGGUUCUGCUAUCAGCACUAAAGCAGUGGUGUUUCUGAGGCCUGUGAACACAUGCAUGGUCCUGUGCAGGCACACAAACCACAAAGAACAAAGCAUACAUCCGCUGCUAUCAGAGGUCUUACCGCAGAGAGAAUGACUGUUGCAUAUGAAUUGUAACCCCGUCCUGCAUCUGUACAAGGCUCACCUCGGUGCAUGUUUCUGUGUGUGUUAAUAUGCCUGUGUGCUUCCUCUUAUUCUGGCUCCUGAGCUUUUGUAGUUUUCUCUUCCCCUCUCUUUUGCAGAGAUGUGAACAGAAAGAGAAAGCGAGCCACGUAGAGGGGGGGGGGGAGAAACAGGCCAGGGGCGACAUGGCUGGCUAUUGCCGAGCAGACAGGCAGAUCUACACCAGAGCAGAUCUGAUGGAGCAAAUGCUCCCCUGGCUGCUCCAGGGGAAAAGGUUAACGUCAGAAAUUAAAAGGCCACUCCAUUCCAAAAUGCAAGAACACCCUCAGACCCCUGGCGACGCUGAGGACUACAUCCCCCCAGCAUCAGAUCCGAGAUGUGUGACAUAUUCCAGAAACUAAACAAAACUUCCAUCUGUCCGGCCGUACAAGAAAGACGCUGCUCAGAGUUCAGAAAGCAUUUUGUGCAACGUUUAAAAUGUUCAUAAAUACUAUGUCAGUAAAUACACAUUUUUAAAAAGGAGAUUGUUACAAAUUACAGAUGGCACUUUGAUUUUAAACUGAUUCUAAGUCCAAGAGGUUCAGAUCUGCUGUGUAAAUCAAAUAACAUUUGUGUGCUGCCAUUUCCAGUGUACAGUUCUUGUUAAUAUUUGUGGUUUUUUUUUUUAGAAAUAAAUUGAUGUACAGAUGAAUGCACAUAAAUAAAGCUACACUUUGAUUGAAUUUCA